AGCAUGGCUGAAUUAUUCUACAAUAAUCGAAGAAUAGAUGGUCGCCGAACUAAUGAGUUACGUCGGGUGUUUUGCCAGUUUCAGACUGGCAAUUCUGAUGGCAUCGUGCUCCUUCACCAAGGUACUGUCCUCGAGAUAGAUUAACUGUAACUAUUGAAGGGAACACCAAGGUUAUGGCAUCAGUGGUUGGCCCCAGACCUUGCCGAUUCAAAGGAGAUAUGAAGCCGGAUGAAGCCACGUUGGUGUGUAAGUACAACAAGCCUCCAUUUUCAUCCACUUCCGGCGAAAGACGUAAAGUUUCCAACCGCGAUCGUUCCACCAGCGACUUCGCUGCAACUAUCGAAGAGAUAUUUUCGUGCGUAGUUCGGAAAGAAAAGUAUCCAAUGUCACAGAUUGACAUAUUUCUCGAAGUCCUUCAGUCAGACGGUUCUGAAUUCGCAUGUGCAGUCAAUGCUGCUACGCUUGCGUUGACAGAUGCCGGUAUUGAAAUGCGGAGUUUGGCUUGCGCUGCAACCGUUGGUAUGUGGGGACCACAUUUGUUCGCCGACCUUUGUCGUUUUGAGGAGAAUCCGAGGAUUCCCCAACUAACGAUGGUCUGUCUCCAAGUGGUGGACCAAGCGGGUCCUCUUAAUCCCAACACAGAUAACCCGGCCAGCCAACCGCAAGUAUUGCACACGCGGCUCACCUCCUGGCUUCCCACAACGAAAUUGAAUGCCCUUUGUGCUGCGGCCAUUGAAGUGACACAUGCUCUGAGUCUGGAAUUCGCCUGUUGGUUAAGAGGACGCAUACGUUCAGAACUGGAUAUCCGCUAAUCGUCGGAGUUACGCCUUCAUGCUGCUAAAUUGUGUACAGACAUGUGGAAAGUUAGAGACCAAAUUGAUUACGAGGCAAAGUGCUUUUUGUCGAUCUAAUUGCUAACGUCCUGUACAUAUUAGUAAGCUCUGGC